AUGGAAGGCGGUAGUCAAGAGACCGGGGCUCGAGGGCAUACAGUAUUCCUGGACGCGACUGAGGCGCCACACGACGACGCUGUCGGGGCCAGAAUGCCCCGAAGUGCACAAGAACAUCCGGUCCGACGUGAGACAGAGGUGUCCGGCCGAAGGGAGGAUUUGAAGCUGCUGGUGGACAACAUAAUAUCGGUGGCGGAGCUGUUGGGCCUGGUGGAGGAGGGAGUUGAGGCGGCGGCCACAGAAAUACACGUUCUUGCAGACGAGAAGGAUGACGAGAGGAAGCAUGAGGAAGACGGGGGACAGGCGGGGGAGCAGGAUAAUUAUGUAGAGGAGGAACAGGAGGAGGAAGAGGAGGUGGAGGAUAAGGACCAAGAAGAGGGGGAGGAGGAGGAAGCUGCAGGAGGAAGACGCAAAGCUGGGAAAGGAGGAGAAGGAAGAGAUGGAGCUGGGGCACGAAGAGCAGGAGCUGAGGAGCAGGAGAAGGAGGAACCAAAGUGGAAGGAGCAAGGUGGCUGGUGCCUGGCGAACGCACGGGAGCUGCAGGUGAAGCAGGAGGAAGAGACGCAGAUGAGUGCAAGCCUACAUCCUUUCCUGUCCUUGCUCGAGGCUCUUCAGACGGAGGUGCAGCCCUUGAAUACACAUGCCAGCCGGGAGGACUCUCAACUCAAACCCAGCAUAUGGCAGAGGCGGCAGCGUCAUCUGCAACAGAGAAGUGCCCUUAUCCAGGGCAUCCGUGGUUUCUGGGCCAAGGCUUUUCUGAACCACCCUCAGAUGUCAGCCCUGAUUAGUAAGCCCGAUGCAAGCAUGCUUCGCCACAUGACCAAUUUGAAGGUGGAGGAACACAAGUUUCCCAGGGAAUGCCGGAAGAUCCUGCUGUUUUUUGGCAAGAACUCGUACUUCCAGAAUGAAGUCGUUACGAAGGAUUAUGUCCUAGGCCUUGAUGGGUAUAGGGCGUCUCAUUCCAGUCCCAUCCAGUGGCACCCAAGGUACAGACAGGAGGCCUACAGACGCAGGCAUGACAACAGCAGCCUCAACUUCUUCAACUGGUUCUCUGACCACAGCUUUGCUGGCUCUAGCAGGAUUGCUGAGAUAAUCAUAGAGGAUCUUUGGCCCAAUCCCCUGCUGUAUUUCAAGAUGAAGGAGGCCCCAGGAGAGAGAACUGAGAGGGAAAGAGGCUUAAGCCCUGUGUCCAACACGCCAUGUGAGACUUGUGAGAAGACUCCCAAGUGCAAACACCAAUAG